AUGGGGCGGUGCCUAGGAGCGGCGUGGAGCAUCGUGGGGGUGCUCGCUCUGGUACUGCAGACGUAUGCGCGUCCGCUUACACCCAAGCUGCUUUUGGAGGCCCCACGUCCCGCGUCACAUGUGGCUGUGAAUGCACCAGGCACAGCGGCCUUGCUGGGUGUAGAAAUGCCUUCGACCACGACAGGCGAUGUAUCCAAGGCUUUGUAUUACAUUCCUCUAGACCCGCCCGCUUCUUGGGAGCACAAACAAGCAUCGUUGCUUCAAAAUGGCACCAACGACGCAGUCUUCUUGGAUGAGGACACGUUUGUCUUCGUGAAGGACCAGCAGCUGCACUGCCGUUCGCUGCGCGAAGACAAGAGCGAGCUUCUACUGCAUUUACCCAAAGGCAUCCAGCAUAUGCAGAGUGUGAGGACAGCCAAAGACACGGCCACGUUGGCAUUCUCGGCCAUGGUGUUUGACGACGGAGAUAUCUACGCACAGCACCCAGAGCAAGAGGCAGCAUGGCAACGUGCUAAAGUAUACGAUCAGCUAUUUAUUCGACAUUGGGACCAGUGGCAGCACCCUCAGCAGCGCACGCAGCUCUUUGCGCUGGAUUUGUACAGGCACCAGAGUGGAUGGACCGUGCGAGACAAGAUCCGGAAUCUGCUCCAAGCAACUCGACUCGAAUCGCCGGUGGGACCGCUGGGUGAUGCGAGCGAUUUCAGUCUGUCGCGCCAUUAUGUGGCCUUUACAGCCAAGGACCCAGACGCGCCACCAGCUUGGCACACGCGCCAGCACAUCUACCUGGUGCCUCUUGAUGGACACGCCCCGCCCAAACGCAUUAGCCUCGCUGAGAACCGUGGCUGGGCAGGCACACCUGUGAUAUCACCCAACGAGGAUAUGGUCCUGUUCCUUCAGCAGUACAAAGAUGGAUUCGAGAGCGAUCGCAAGGUACUGCAAGCUUAUCUUAUGGAGGGGGGUCAGCAGGUCGAGAUCUUUCCGGAUUGGGACGUGUCUCCCGACACACUUUCCUUUUCGUCGGAUGGACGCACGCUGUAUGCGGUCGUUCCUGAGGACGAGCAGCGCAAGGUGUAUGCCAUCUCGGUGCAGGGCGCGUCGUUUUCCGACAAACACGCGCUGGUGGUCGAUGGCUCGGCCUCGUCGCCCACCCAGCUUCCAGAUGGACGCCUCAUCUAUGUUUUAUCGACUCUUCAAAGUCCGAAUGACGUGUACCUUUAUGAUAGGGGGCAAACGACGCGUCUCACGCAUUUUUGGCAGUGGUCUGAUGCGCAUCGUGACGUGGACAUGGGUCCUGUGCCUGAGCGCUUCACAUACCAAGGCGCAGACGGCGUAACGAUGCAUGGAUGGCUCAUCAAACCACCGUCGUAUGAAGCCGACGUCAAGGCAGGCAAGAAGCUGCCUCUUGCGGUGCUGCUGCAUGGCGGCCCAGAAGGCGACUGGAGCAAUGGGUGGUCGACGCGAUGGAAUCCCGUGGCAUUCGCGGCAGCAGGCUUUGUCGUGACGACUCUGGAUCCAUCUGGGUCCAUUGGGUUUGGGCAGGCUCUGACGGAUCGCGUCCUGGAACACUGGGGCGAUCGAGUCAAGGAAGACGUUUUGCGAGGGGUGCAUCAUGUGCUUGACACGCAUACUUACUUGGAUCGUGAUCGUGUCGUGGCUGCUGGCGCGAGUUUUGGCGGGUACAUGGUGAACUGGCUGCAGGGGCACAACCAAGGCAAGCUGUUCAAGGCUUUUGUGACACACGACGGCAUCUUCCAUCUCGAAAGUAUGUACUAUUCUACGGAGGAGCUCUACUUUCCGGAGUCAGAACUAGGCGGCUUACCGUGGACGUCGCCGCAUCUAUACGAGGCGUUUAGCCCGCACCGCCAUGUGGCUGCAUGGUCCACGCCCCAUUUGAUCGUGCACGGCGGACGUGAUUUUCGACUGAGCCCUGCCCAGGGCAUUUCGGCCUUUACAGCCCUCCAGCGCCGUCAUGUUCCGUCUCGCCUGCUCUUCUUCCCUGAUGAGGGACACUGGGUCCUCGAUCCACGUAACUCGUUGCAAUGGCACGAGCAAGUGUUGGGCUGGCUCCAAUAUUGGUCCCGCCCACCUGCCACCGCUCUCACGGACCACCAAGCGGUGUUCUCCACGUGA